AAAACGGAAAUAUAUGUCUGCUGUUAGAGCAGAGAGGAAUUCCUGUCGCUGUGAAUUUUCUGCUCGUAAAAGUUCCGAUUUCGGCACAUUUAUGGCGUCAUGGAGGCUUUGUCUCAUGGGAGGUGGACGCACCCCCGCCCCCACAGUCACCAUUUCAGCCCCGGAGAGUUCUAGGCUGGCAGCACAGCCCCUUCCCAGGCUGAGCAUCGGGCGCAAGACCCUGGUGGCAGCUGCAGUAGGGGUCAUGCUGGUGCUUGUUCUUGUGGUCCUCAUCCCUGUGCUCGUCAGCUCCGUUGGCACAGGCGGCACAGAUGACAGUUCCAGCCACUACGAGAUGCUGGGCACCUGCCGGAUGGUGUGCGACCCCUUUCCCAGCACCACAGGAACGGACGUGCACCCGGGCACGGACACGUCAACUUCCAGCUUUCUGGUGGACAAUGAGGAAGAUCUAAUCGACCACAGCAUUGGCCCUCCGCUGCCCACGUAUAGGGCUUACGGUCCGCAAGGUAAACCAGGACGUCCAGGUAAGCCGGGACCCCCAGGGCCCCCUGGAGAGCCAGGUCCACCAGGACCAAGAGGACCACCUGGAGACAGUGGAGAUUUCGUCCGAACGGGGAUUCUAGGGGCAGUUAGCACAACCACAUACAACACCACGCCCCGAGUGGCAUUUUACGCAGGACUUAGAAACCCUCAAGAAGGUUACGACACACUGCGGUUUGAUGACAUUGUGACUAAUGUUGGUGGGAGCUAUGAAGGUGCAACAGGCAAGUUCACCUGUAAGGUUCCAGGAACGUACUUUUUCAUCUACAACGUGCUGAUGAGAGGAGGAGAUGGUACCAGCAUGUGGGCUGAUCUGAUCAAAAACGGUCUGGUCAGGGCCAGCGCCAUCGCCCAGGACCAGGACCAGAGUUAUGACUACGCCAGCAACAGUGUCAUUCUUCAUUUGGAUGCAGGCGAUCAGGUUUUUAUAAAACUGGACGGGGGCAAGGCUCACGGGGGCAACAGCAACAAAUACAGCACCUUCUCAGGGUUCAUCCUCUAUGCGGACUGAUCCAGGCUCAAAGGUGAAAGGUCACAGCCUGCAGACAUUCUUAUAGUGAGGUUGCCCACAGCCACUGAUCCACAGUCAGACGGCUCGUGGCGAUCUUUACAGUCAGUGGUUCUCACUGUGGAUUUGUAGUUAUUGGUAACUCUGCCUCUUUAUCGAUUUUCAUUUGCUGUAUUCUGGGUGCCUAUGUUGCUAUUCUCAUGAAACACGGGCGACGUAACAGUGUCAGUCACUGCCAUGUGUCAUCCUGGGCACCGUAAGAAUUGUGAUAAUGCAGCGGCCUCACCAUCAUUCCUGAGCUGUCAUGUCAAAUUCACGUCUGGAGAUUUCACAACGAGGAUGGCUAGAAUCUUGGUUAAUGUGAUCUUUGGAUUUGUGCUCAAAUCAGGAUUCUGCUUCUUACAGUGCUGUGAAAAAUAUUAACCUGCUUACAGAUUUAUUCUGUUUUUGUGUCUUUAUAUGUCCCUGUUAAAUCUUUCAGAUCAGCACAUUUCAAUAUCAGACAAAGAAGUUCCAAUUUUGUCCCCUCUGUCUGCAGAAUAUUCUCCCAAAAGUCUCAAGGAUCAUCAAAACGUUAUUUUGGGGGAGAUGAAAUGUGUUUUCUUUUGGUCAACAUAGAUUUUGGCCUAAAAAUUCCCCAUGGAGGCUACUUUUUUUAUCUGCCCCUACCUCUCGUCUCUUUACUAUUGUAGAAUCAUGACCUCUGACCUUAACCACGUGAAAACUUUAGGACUUAAAGGACCUGUAGCAUGUUAUUUUACACCUUCCAGACAGGACAAUACAUGAAAAAAUGUCAUAGUAAUUUUUUAUGAAAUGUGUUAUUUUUGUGACUUAUUUCUUCAGUCUAUAAAUAAGAUGCUUAGAUUUGAUCAAACCUCGCCUCUUUUUGCAUCAAUUCCACAAAUUUCAUGCCCCACACAGCUCUUACCGCCUCCCCGUCCCACUGUUAAGUCACCAAUAUUUGCAUAUGUGUACACACAUAUAUAUAUACACACACACACACUACAAAGAGAGAAAAGCCAGCUGAGGUAAUAGCAGAUUUCCAUCUUGUAUCUGGAAUUGUCGCAGAAUUUUAUAACCAUUCAGUUAGCAGCUAGUGGUAAGACUUUCAGUUUUACUCACCGCUCUGAACUGUUCACUGGGCUAAUUUUAAAGUUGGAAUGACGCUGCUUUGAAGACAUAAUCCAUCUGAAAAGCCACUACAGUACUUGCAGAGCUUUGACAAGCAGUCUGUGAAGUUACGAUCACAUUCUGGCUCGGUUUUUGAGAGUUCCUGACAACAAAAUCUAACAAUUUCUGCAUAUCAAACUCUUCUUUGAGAAGACUGGACAGGAAUCCUAUUCCUCUCACAGACAAAUAUAUAUAUAUAUAUAUAUAUAUAUAUAUAUAUAU